GGCCGGCUCCCAAGCUCCGCCUGCGCGUGGGAACCUCCCUGCUGGGGAUGACCCGGCCGCCCCCUGUCCAGAUAUGAGAAGCUCAUCGGCGGCAAGUACAUGGGGGAGCUGGUGCGGCUCGUGCUGCUCAAGCUUGUGGACGAGAACCUGCUCUUCCACGGGGAGGCCUCCGAGCAGCUGCGCACGCGCGGCGCCUUCGAGACGCGCUUGGUGUCGCAAGUCGAGAGCGACUCGGGCGACCGCAAGCAGAUCUACAACAUCCUGAGCACGCUGGGGCUGAGGCCCUCGGGCACGGACUGCGACAUCGUGCGCCGCGCCUGCGAGAGCGUGUCCACGCGCGCCGCGCACAUGUGCUCCGCGGGGCUGGCGGCCGUCAUCAACCGCAUGCGCGAGAGCCGCAGGGAGGACGUGAUGCGCAUCACCGUGGGUGUAGACGGCUCGGUGUACAAGCUGCACCCAAGCUUCAAGCAGCGGUUCCACGCCAGCGUGCGCAGGCUGACGCCCAACUGCGAGAUCACCUUCAUCGAGUCGGAGGAGGGCAGCGGCCGGGGCGCGGCCCUGAUCUCCGCGGUGGCCUGUAAGAAGGCCUGCAUGCUGGGCCAGUGAGAACCGAGGCGGCGUGGCAAGGAGGAGGCUGGCGCCGGCGCUGGACCUGAGCUCCAGGGAACGUGCUCCCCACAGAUGCUCCCGGCCUGGGGGGUCAGGAGGCCUCUCCUUGUAAGGACCAUGGAUGCCUCCUAUCCCUGCUGCCACUCCAGAAGAUGGGGAAAGGUCCGCAGGGGGAAUGUGGGACCCGGGCAGCCCUCUUCUCUCAGAGUCAGUUGGUGGGACAGCCCUGGGGCCUUGACUGGGUUGGGGGCUGGAUGAGCACGAAUGGAGACCCCCAAUGUCCCUUGCCUUUCUUUCUGUAAUGGAGGACCCAGAAAGGAGUCACUCACUCAGGACUUUGUUGCAUUUCUGCACUGCCUGCCUCUCGGAGCUUUCAGCCCAGCUCUGGGAAGCGGGUGCCCUCUGCUGCGGCCUGUCUUCCCUGGGAACUCAGCCUAAAUGGGGAGGCACCCCCCCCCCCCCCCCAGUCCCCCUGGGGCCAGCCAGACCUAGAGCUAGGCCUGGGCUACCAGCGGGUAGGGUGGGAGGGGAGGCUGCAGGUACACUCAAAGCCUGGAGAUGGCAGCCUUUUCCCUCCCAUAGUGCCAUCCCUGAGUGGUUUGGGGUUCUGGGAUGGACCCUCACAGGAGAUGCAAAGCCCCUAGCCAGGGGCCCUGGAAGAGGUGGAGCCCAGGCCCCAGCACAGGCAGGCCUGGGGGCACCCGGGAGGGCCCACCCAGGCUUCUCGUCUCACCAGACCUCCAUGUGCCACACCAACCUCUCCAUGCCCAACCUGGGACAGUGUGGGUUUUUUUAAUUAAAAGUUUUAAAAGUUUAGAACAUGGCCUUGUCCAGUGUUCUUUAUCUCUGGGUAUAAGGGCUGUGGGUAUUUGUAGGAUUUUAGCAUCCACUCAGUUUUCAAUGAAAGAAACUACCAACUGUGUCGUUUCAUUCAGAGCUUAACCCAAAGUUGUGAUCUUGAGCAGUCAAACCCCCCUUGAGAUGUUCUCUUGUUUUCUGGUGUGUCUCUUAUGGAAUUGCUUCCAGUCUUUUUAGUUCUCUCGACUCUAAAUUAUGCAUCAGAAGUUUGCGCAAGCAUCCAAUUCAUUAUUGGUACUAAUGUACCCAUGUUUGAGCAUUCACAUAUCAGAUCUCAUUUGAAUAUAGAUUACUUCCUAGUUUUCCUUUAUGUUACAGAUCAGGGCAUUGUAUUGAUUUUCAAAAUUCUCUAUGAAGGUAAAUUAUAUGUCCUAUAAAAUUCAUUUCAGGAGAGCAAAGGAGGUGCUAUGAAACACUUACUUGUUGUACCAAAGGGACAUUGGGUCUGAGGGAUAAGAACCUCUCUGCAUUCCUCACACCAACUGGCAGGAUCUGGCCUCACUCCCGGGUGGCGGGGCAGCCAGACAGGGCAGCCUGGCAGAGCCAGGUUCAGGGGGCCAGCCAGCGGAAAGGUCCCCUUUCCUCCAGUCCUUCUGUGCCCUGGGCCUGCAAGGAGACAUGAGGCUGCUGCUCUGGCACAGUGUAGGGCACCCGGGCCCCUUGCUCCACGGUGGAGCCCCACAUGAGGGACUCUCGACCCACUUUCCCGAGGGAUGGAGGCAGAGCUCUUGCUCCAAAAGCAUCAUGUGCAGGCUCUGUUUGGGGUCACAGCCAGCUCAGGGCUGCUUUUUGCACCUUGGUCAGAGGGGCGAGAGGUCAGGGCCAAGCAUCUUCACCAAAACCUCUGGGAAUCCCUGGGGGUCUCAGGCCAGAGACCAACUUCAGUGCCACCCACUGCCCUGCCAAGCCCAGUGGGGGCCCCAGGCCAGCCCUGCGCCCGCUGUCCUCUUGGACUGGACAGGUUCUGGGCUGGACCUGCAGGAGGGACAGUCAGAGGAGGGGAGCAGCACAUAGAGUGGUGAGAGCUGUGAGCCCGCUCUGCUCUCAGGAGGUGCUGCCGGAAUGGGUGGACACCCGGAUGUUAC